CGGGGCACCCGAGGCCGCCGCGCCGGCUGGGACGUCACGUCCGGGACGCUUCCUCGCGGGGCCUUGUGGGUAGCCUGCCGGGGUCUCCUGGCGGCGAUGAUGGCGGGGGAUGUGGGCGGUCGCAGCUGCCCCGAUUCGGAGCUGCUGCUGCACCCGGAGCUGCUGUCCCAGGAGUUCCUUCUCCUCACCCUGGAGCAGAAGAACAUAACUGUUGAAAAUGACAUGAGAGUAAACAAAGACAGUCUUACCGAUCUUUAUGUUCAGCAUGCAAUACCACUGCCUCAGAGAGAUUUGCCAAGGAAUAGAUGGGGGAAAGUGAUGGAAAAGAAGAGAGAACAACAUGAGAUAAAAAAUGAGACGAAAAGGAGUAGCACUGCAGACGGGUUUCGGAAAAGACCCCUCAUCGUGUUUGAUGGGAGUUCAACAAGUACAAGCAUAAAAGUGAAGAAGACCGAGAACGGAGACAAUGACCGACUCAAGUCCCGGCCUCAGGCCAGCGCUACCAGUAAUGCCUUUCGAAAAUUGUCCGAUUCCUCUUCAGGUGUCUCACCCCUAAUUUUGUCUUCCAAUUUGCCUACGAACAAUAGAAUGGAACACAAUAAUAAUGACACUAAACAGAACCAUGACUUAACGCAUAGGAAAAGUCCUUCCGGCCCCGUGAAGUCGCCGCCUUUGUCGCCUGUAGGAACCACUCCGGUGAAGUUAAAGCGCGCCGCUCCCAAGGAGGAGGCCGAGGCCGAGGCCACGAAUAACGUGAAGCCCCCAGAAGCAAAGAGGAAGAUACAGCAUGUUACAUGGCCAUGAAGGAAAGUUUCCAAAAAUAAACACUCACUGGUCUCCCAGGGUGCCCUCAGUUGCUCGGGUGUUGAUGACCACACGGGCGACCAAGAUGUCAUUUCUGGCCUCGAGGUGCCCGCGUCCCUCUGCACCCCUCCAGUUAUGGACGAGAAGGCAGGCCACUGUCAGGUCCGGACCCAUGAUGAUGGGAGGGCACCGAGCUCUCCAGAAAAGUGACCCCAUUGCUGCCUGCGAGGCCGUUAGCCCAUGUGCGGGGCCUGUGUCACUGCAUCAAAGGCAGAGCACUGAAUUCCAAGAGAAAGGAAUUCCAACUGAGACUUUCUCUUAAAUAAAAGGUGUGACGCCAUUUCAGUCGACACCCGCCCAGCCCGCCAGAGUGAUCAGUGGCACCCGCGGUAAAGUGUUAUUCGUGCUCAGAACCUGAAUGCUGCAUCACCACGUCACACGCUGCGCCCGGCAAGAUUUUGCUCUGGGUAACUUUAUUGUAAGCCAUAUAAUCUUGCUUUGGGCCCCACACCACAGGAAGUUACACUGUUGUAAAUAUCAACUCAUUACCUUACGUAGCUUGGAAACGUUCAUGUUCGUGACACAUUAAUUGCACUUAAAAAUUAAAUAUGCAGUGAAAGAAAAGCGUUUAUAAAGGUAUCACUCAAAAGGAUUUUUACACUUUGAUUGGCCUCGCCUGAUUACAAACACUCAAAACCCUCUUCCCGCCGCAGGCUUCCAUGGCUUUUCUCCUUCUCGAACAGUGAGCACAAAGGGUAGAUGAAAGGCUUAAACAGACGUGAGUACCGCUGAGCAGCGCGGAGGCAAGUCCCCAGGAGGCUGGUGGAGCCGGGUGCAGCGCGAGCAGGGGCUUGGGGGGCUGCGGGGGCCCGGGGAGGGGCUCAGAUGUCCUUCCCGCAGUCAGGGCACAGGAUGUCGUCCCUCUCCGUGAGGAAGCCUCGCCCCACCAGCGACAGCGAGCACUUCUUGCAGUUAAAGCAGUCGUUGUGCCACUGCCGUUCCUCGAAGGAGAUGUACUUGGUACCGCCCAGUCCUGUGGACAGAGGAAGAGGA